GUUUCGUCUGCAUUGCAUGAUCGAGUGCGCAUCACCAAAGAGUUCAAAGAUAUCUUGGAUGAAAAUCGAUCAAUCAUCAUCACAUACAUAUGGUCAAUAAAUAAUAUAUGGAUAGAUAUUUUUACAUAUUAUAUGCAUGAAUGCAGAAAUAUAUAAUGUGUAUAGGUCCGAUAUCUAAUCGAUUGAAGGAGGUGCCAAAUAUGCCACAAUCCCUUAUGCUAACAGCGAUACACAAUUUCCACUCUCCAUCCAUUGAAAACGGAGACGUUUGCAUUAUCUGUUGUUCGAGAGGUCAACGGUUGAGUUCUAUUUCAUCCAAAAUGUCUAAUACGAGACUGUACCGAAAACUUUGUCAAUUGCUAUUAGUUAUCGCACUAAUGGGGGCACCACAACUUGGAUCUGCACAAUCAUUUGAUGUCCCGUACAUUGUGAAACCAACACCAAUUUUCCGUGGGGCGGCUGCUGAGGAUUUAACUACUGUAUUGUUGGUUAACAACGAUGGAGUGGGACGUUUAGGCGAUAGUCACGGACGAUUUCUGUCCGUACGUCCAGAAGUUGGACUCUUAACCUCAACAGCUCGAACAUUCAUUCAAGAAGGUGUUACAACUGAAUAUGCCACCCAAGUUGUGGGUACUACCUUAAAUAAUGGAAGAUUAUAUGCACAGUAUCUGAAGAAAAGCUCGCGAGUACUAUUUGAAAAUGGCCCCAAUAUGUUACCAUCGGUCGUCACCAGUUGGGUAGGCGAUAGUGUUCAGCCCUCGCAAACGCGAUCCUACCUGCAAAGCCACAACGAUCUACUGAAUGCUGAAUCUCCAGAUUGGCAGGACAUAGAUGAUAGACUAGUUCUUGGGCGUGUUGCGGUCAAUGGCCACGAGUUUGUUGGUAAUACGGACUUUAUCAUGUUUAAACAGGCCAGUCAGUUUGCUCCAGUACCCGUUGUAUCAUCUUCAAUUAUUAAAAAUAUAAAAAAUAAUACGGCUAUUAAGUUUGUGAGUCGUUCCAGACAUACAGAGGACAAUGCUCGUAAAUUAGCUGCUCAUAAAGUGUUGCCAAUUGGUGAUUUGCCGACGUUUACGGUCAAAAAUAAUUUUGAACCGAGUGGAUACCACCUAAGUGAAAGUCAAGAUACACAAAUCACUGCUGAUUUAUUUGAUCAUACGAAUGAAGAGGGACGCUCCGCUAAGAUUUAUCAACAGGACUUAGGGCAGAAUAAACAAGAAGAGAAAACGUUUCAUCAUGAACCAUUUAAUGUACUGAAGAGACCCCUGUCAACUGUCACCUAUUAUGGAUUCGCUGACUUUACAACACUUGUAGGCGAUAGCUUAAUCGUUUUCCUACCAAAAACAUCGCAGCCUACCUCUACCAUUAGCCAUGUAACAUCAAUAAAAGGAAUGGCUACGCUACGAACCAGUAAUGUUUAUUUAGAUUUGACGACCAGAAAAACUUUAAUUCAGUCUACAAAAAUCUCGGAAGUGGUCGAAAGUGCUAGGACACCAAUAAAUGAGUGGGCUAGUUUUGUAGAUGCUAUAGAGCCAUCAAUAAGCGAUAUGGGAGAGAUCCCAACUCUAAUAACUUCAGAAUUGAUCAUGUCCAAAGUUAGCAUGCUUUCAAGUGCAACACCCACUCUUGAUUCUAUAGCAGUUACUAAUGCUAUGUCACAAGAUAUCAGCACAACUGAAAGUAAGUCCAUGUUUUCAUUACCUACUGAUCAAGAAAUUUUGAAAAUCUAUGAAUCAUUAGCCAAAGCACAAUCCCAUCCAGCCGCUUUAUCAACCUCUUCUAGCGAAAUUAUUGAAGAGAAUAGUAUUUCUAGAGUCCAACUAGCUGAAUCAAGUCAAGUACAUGAAGGAGCCACAACCAUAUUCAUUGAUGAUGAUCCCUUUGCCAACUUUGUUGAGCCUACUUCUGUGAAAACUAAUCAGCCUUUAUUAGCAACAGCAACAGUAGCGAUGGAAGUGGAAGAAAAUACAACGGAUGUCAAUUCGAAGGAGUCUGAAGGGUCCACUAUAAGCUUAGAGGAUGAAGAAAAGGCCUCCACCCUUAGUUCCCAGAUCAGCGAAGAUACAACCGAACCUGCAUCUGUAACAGAACUUUCGCCAUCAUCUCCUCCGAAUUUUAAGGAAAUAAGUAGCCCGCUCGACGGAAACUGUGCACAUAUAAGGUCACAAGUCUUUUUGACUCAAGUUUCCAAGUCAGACAUGAUUUUAAGCACACAAAAUCACGAAAGCAACAAAAACGAACAAAUUCCAUUUGAUAUAAAAGAGACAACUAAAUUCUAUUGUAUUGAGCCAACACAAGUAAUUGAAUCACCUCAAUUAGAAAAGCCCACAUCAGUUAUUCAAGAGUCGCCUGAUCAGUCGAGUACGUCAUCUAAUAGUGAAGCAAUAAGCACAGAGGAUAUCUUGACAGAGAGGCAAGCAGAGGUUGUGGUCACAGUUUCUACAGUUGAGGAAGAAAGCUCCACAGAAAUUGAGACGGAAGCUCCAGCAGGGGCUGUUAAUAAUGAAGGCGUUACCGAAACUGUAAAUGAAAAUGAUAAUAGUAAUACAAAUGAUAACGAAAAUGAUGAUUAUGAUGGUGAUAACGGUUCGGAGGAAAUAGAUCUUAUAUACAAAACGCUAUACACAACUUAUACCUAUUUAACUACAUUCUUUCAAGGUCAGUCCACAACUGUAUCUAGCCAUACAGAGAUUAUUACAAACGUCGUUACCUCUACAUUGAACGUCGGUAAAGACGCUGAAAUGAUCAAUGAUAUUGAAAUAUCAGCUACACAAACUCAAACUAUGGAUGUGAAGAUUACAGCUUCCCCCAACAUAAAGACAAUACUAUCCCGUUAUAUGAUACCUGAUGAGCUUGAAAGCUUAUUGCACGCUACUGCAAACAGCGUACCUUCCAAUUCGAAGGAGGUUAACCAACAAAACACCUUCCUGGAUGAUACUAAACAUACAAAAACAUUCUAUACAACUUAUACAUAUUACACAACAAUUUUCGCUGAUACUGAAACGGAGAUAAUGUCAAGAACUGAAGUCUUCAGCAAUUAUGUUACUGAAUUGGAAGGGCCGACUAAAACAAUUGUUGAUAACAUCCUACCAACAACCACGUCUUCAGAUUUUGAUAGUGCUGUAACCCUAUCCGUGUCUGAGUUUCAAACCCAGUCGAAUACUCCAAAUGUUGCAGUUAAGAAAGCAACUGAAAAGUCUCAAGAAGAAGAAAAGCAUUUAACAUUGGUAACCGAUAUCCGAUCAAGCAGUUCGAAUGGUGAACAACAAGUUAUUGAAAAAAUCCGCGACGAUGAUCAAGUUAGUUCAGAGAGCAAUACCGAAGAGAUAAUACCAUCAGCAACGUUGCUACUACAGACAAGCUUUACAACAUUCACAUUCUACACAACGAUGUACGUUUCGGAUAGCACGAAUGUGGUUAGUCGGCUCGAAACUGUAACGAAUAUUGCCACAGAAACGUGGCAGCCAACCAAGAUGCUAAGCCACGAUGAGGCCACUCUUCCUAUUACUUAUUUCACCACAUUUACAUAUUGGACUAAGUUAGCCAAAGACGGAGAGAUCACAACAAUUAGCAGAGAGGAAACCAUAUCGAAUGUGAUAGAGCCUACAAGUCGUUUAGUCUUGGACACUACGUUCAAUUCGAAGGCAGCUUCUACUUCCGAGAUUACAUCGGUGUCAAACGAAAGCAGCCAACUAAAUAACGGCAGCAAUAAUAAUUUUGAAUACAUUCAACUUGAACCAAGUAUUGAUGUCACUAAAUCAAUUAAUUUUAGCGCAAGUGAAGUCUCGGAUCUAACAACCUUUUAUACGACCUAUACAUAUUAUACAACUUCAUACGAUUCUAAUAAAACUGUCACAGAUUCCCGCUUCGAGACCGUUACAAAUGUGGUAACACCCAUAGGCGAUAUGAGUUCAACAGCUUUGACAUUAAAUAUUGAACCUACAAUAUCAGUAACACAGCCACAACCAAUAUAUAUGUCAGAAAAUAAUGAGGCGGAUAAAAAUAAAGAUAUAAUUUUCUACGACUAUAAGCAUAUAAUUGAUGCAGAUGGGAUAAGUACCCUGUAUUUUACAACUCAAAUUCAAUCAACAGUUAACAAUGAAGGUAUUUCCAUUGAGAUUACCAGCAGUACAUCGAGCCUUUAUAUCGAUGAAGUAAAGAAAUCCAAUUUGGCUACAACCGAACACUCAGCAGAAUCAGGAUCAGCCCGACAAUACAAAACUGGCUUGGCUAGACUAAUAGAGGGCACACGAAUUGGGAAUAGUACAACAACAUUGUAUCAGUCGAAAGUUAUUGGCACCAUUAUAGAUAAUCGUUAUGCGCAGAUCAUUGAGAGUACCUCAAGUUUUCUCUUCGAAAAAGCAAUAGCAACAGACACAGUACAGCCAACUCUAACAUUUGACGAUAUUACCACCACUCAGGUGGUAAAUCUUCUAUCUUCAGUGGGAGAAGUUGAAGGUAGCAUUAAUAGCGAUCCGACCGAACAAUCAAUUUCUAGUGAUAAUAGUGACGAUAAUGAUGAUGAGAAUUUUAAUGGUAGCAUAUCGUUCCAAACGAAGAAACGAACAUUUGCGCCUGUGAUUAGACCGUUUGCUUCGCGCAAUAGACCAACGUUUGCGCCAAAGCAAAAAACUUUAAAUCCAAGUAGUGCAACUAUUAUCACCAGAUCUGACAUAACACCAACAAUAACAGCAACUCCGGCACUCAAGUCCGUGGGCCGAUUUAGUUCAUCCCGUAGGGUGGCUAUUUCAAAUGCGCCAAUAAAUCCUCUGGACGGUGGUUCCGCAUCAACAUCUUCUAGGCGUCUGUUUGGACGCCCAAUAAAGCCGUCGAUCAGUGCUGUCAGUGCUGGUGGAAGUCAAUUAGGCGCUAAUAGUAGUUUAGCAAGUACAGGCUUUGCUCCAUCUAGAAAUCGUUUUGUGUCUUCUACGCGUACUGCAUCCGUAUCCAGUUCAAGACGUCUAAGCAUAAAUGCUUCAUAUCGACCAUCCAGCAGCCUCAAUUUUCGAGCUUCUGCACUAAAUGUUGCCAGCUCUAGACAACGCAUCAGGCCAACGUCAGUCAUUUCGCAGGCUAACAGUGCGACUACAUCCACGGUUAAGCAACUGAGUCCAGAAAAUAUCAAUGCUGAAGAAGAGACUUCCACUGAGGAUCAAAUUGAAGCCAAUGCCGAAGAAGAGAAAAACGAUCAAAACUCUAGACGUAAUCAGAACCCCUUAUUGCGUUUCCGUCGACCGCUCGGUCGACCCAGUGGAUUUACACCGGUUCCACGCCCAAUUGCAAAUCCAGCUAAUAUUUCGCCUAGAAUAAAUACAUUAGCGGGACGUGCGAAAGCAUCAACAACAACAACAACAACAACGACAACAGCUAGGCCACGAGCAAGAAGCUUUCAACGACCUACAAUUUCCAGUCUUCAAGCUCGAGCUAGACCUCAAAACGCUCUCUUCCCACCACGCGGACUUUUCCAGCAGCAAAAGGAUCAAACACAGGCAGAUAAUAAGGAAGGCAACCAGAAUAUUAAUGAUGCGGAGAAUGAUUCUGAGUAUGAUGAUGAUGAAAGCGAAGAUGACGAUGCUGAUGGCGAAGUACAAAAUGAGGCCAGGCGGCGUCGGCGUUCCAAUAAAAAACUCAGCAGUGAAACCCAGCUUUCACGUAGACGUCGUGAGGCAGAUACCUUAAAUAGGAACAGAUUUCGAUUUCGCCGUCCAAAAACUGUCACAACAGAAGAUCCAAUUCUUUCAAGUGUUGAUGAGCGGACAGAAACCACAUCACACACCACAAAUGCAGUAUACCCAAAAAUUAAUUCGCGUUUCGGAUCUAGAUACCCAGUGACGCAUAAGCCACAAACAAGUACAAGUGCAUCAAGUACAUCAAGCCAACGGUCGAUACGUCCAACCAGGCCCACAUCGCCGCGGACACAGUUUACAUUGAGAGAGAAGGAUGCUCCUAUAAAGAGCAGACAGAGUGCCGCAUCCACAAAUUUCCGUCGCCAACAACCGAGUAGACGCAACCCGACGAUUUCCAGUUCAACCAGCCCAUCGCGUCGUCUGAAGAGUUACAGCAAGCAUAAUAACAAUAAAAAUAAUGCGGACAAUUCUGGUCAUCGCUCCUUAAGCACAACACGAUCGCGUAAUGGAAAUGCAAAUGUAUCAGCAAGAGGGCGCAGUACGAUGCGUGGACGGAUUCGCAAUGAAUAUAACUCUGACUCCACAUCCACAGAGUUAGGAAGCGUUACAAUCACGGUUACGCAUUUGAUCCCAGCGGAAGUAACGGUACCCGUUAUUAAUGGUCAGGUGACUGAAUACAAAAAUAUUGUGACUGGCAAGACAAGUCUCGAGGUACUAGGACCACAUCAAUAUACUCAAGUUUUGGGAAACAAUGGUCAACUAUCGUUAUUCCUAACUCGUGAGGAAUCCAGCAUUAAUGCUGCUGGAGCCACAGAGCUAACACGUUAUCUGUUGCACGACUCCUUAACAUCGACCGUUACAUUUACGCCGACAACGAUUCGAGGCCGCAAAACAUCGUUUUCACACGUUCUGCCCUCGACAGUGUAUUCUGUAGAGAACGUGGUGUCCACGGUGCAGCCUCAAAUAGCAGCUAAUGCACCAUUGGCCAAUAUUUUGCUAUCUCAGCUCUUAUUAGGUAACAUUAACUUGCCAAGCAAUCCACUCUUGGGGGCGCUGGGUCAGCCCCAGGUAACGAGCGCAAUCGGAGUUGUCGAGCCGUCUGUGCCUGUCACGGAAUAUCGUACACAUACCUCUACAUAUGUUACAACUAUAUACGAUGGCAAAUCGACAAUUUUGCCAAUUACUUUUCAGGGCAAAAAGAUCUUAACAACCGUUUUUGAUACAACUGCCCAGACAAUAACAGCAACUGAAUAUAGUGUUGAUACAAUAGUUAACACGCCCAGUCCACAGAGUCAAGUGGUGCAAGCAUCGAGUCAGGUGGCUCAAGUAAAUAACCUGUUGUUGCAGCAGUUGCUUUUACAGCAGCAACAACAGCAACAGCAACAGCAACUGCAAGCUCAGGUUGCUCAGAUAACGCAAACAGCAUCGCCCCUAAUUCUGCUAAGUGAGAAUUUACAGGACUUGGAAGAUGGGGCUCGAUUUGACGGUGAUUCUGUAAAUGCACGCGAUAAUAUCGAUGAUAUCAUAGCCAUCGAUGAUCAACAGGCGCACACCAGUAAGAAUCGUAAAAAAUCAAGAAAAUCGACAAAAAGUCAUAAACGCAACAAACAGCAACAGAUAAGAUCUGAGGAAGAGAGCAGCGUAGUCACGCUAUAUGUCUCUGGACGUAGACCUGGAGAAUUUAGCACUAUUCUAUCCACUGUUUACAGUAGCUAUGAUCACUUUGCGCCAUCCAGCUUGCACAAAAGGCACGUCAAUGAGCAGGAGGAGACAGUUUCUUUAUAUAGCCCCGAGGACAUAUAUGCAUUUGGAGAGAGUGAACGGGUGCUGUCAUAUUUGCAACCAGAUCAACUACAUGAAAACGUAGUAAACUUCGGUUCGAAUGAGCAUGAGUGCGAGCCGGUUAAUGGCUGUGCGUGGAAAGACCGUACAGCUACCUUAGAGAGCAUCAUUGGGGAUGUCGAGCUGUGGUAUGCCAAGGUAACAAAGCAGAACGUUCAGCCAGUUUCUUCGAAUACAAAGGAGCCCUCCAACAGCAGUAAUGAAGGUCACCAACACACAUUUGUACAUUCAUCAUAGACAAUGUCCUCCCAGCAUUAACGGCAUAUCCAAGCGUGAAAUAAUGGGCUUUCAGAAGCCACUAGUGCGUAAGGUAAUUGUGCGCCGUAAGCCUCUUAAUUCAACACGCCCAUCACUAGUCAAGAAUAUCAAUAACACAAAGGAAACAAAAGGCAGUUUAGUAGUGCGAUCAGAGACAAUGCAGACAACGCAACCAAAGAAACAACGUGUUGUAAUUUUCAAAUAUAGGUUAACAAAUAGAAACCAUACAGAUAAUACAUUUAAAUCACAAUCAACAACUUCUUCAAUAACUGAAUCUAGAAACGAUACUUACGAGCAUUCGGAACGUUUGCUGAUCUUACCAACACAAACAUUUUCGUCAAAGUUAACGUCGUCAUCAUCAAUAUCAAUGCGACCUAGGAGCCGUAAGCAAAAGAAACUUAGAAUCAAUGCACAUGAAUUAACAAUGUUGUCUACGG